GUCUCCCCCUCCUGUACAUCUGCCUACGUUCCUUUCCUCUAUUAUUUUCCACUCAGUUUCUCGCAGUUUAAAAUGGCGGCGUUGAGCAGCGCCGAGUCCCCACCGCCCGUCUUCAACGGAGACACCAUGGACCGUGAUCCGGAGCGGGAGAGGGGACUAGAAGAACUGGGCGCCGGGAUCGACUCCACCUGCUCCAUUGGGAUACCCGAAUGUCCGCAGGAUGAGGAGAUAUGGAAUAUCAAGCAGAUGAUUAAGUUGACGCAAGAGCACCUUGAAGCACUUCUAGACAAGUUUGGCGGUGAACACAACCCCCCGUCCAUAUAUCUUGAGGCCUACGAGGAGUACACCAGUAAGCUGGACGCCCUGCAGCAGAGGGAGCAGCAACUCCUGGAGGCCAUGGGCAACGGCACCGACUUCUCCUCCUGCUCCUCCUCCCCCAUGCCCGGGCUGUUGGAGGCCACGAUGGGCGGAGGAGGAGGGGCCCAGGCCUUCCCCUCGGCCCCGAACACCCUGGCCGUCCUGCAGACCCCCUCCGACGCCGCCCGAGCCAACCCGCGCUCUCCACAGAAGCCCAUCGUCAGGGUGUUCCUGCCCAACAAGCAGAGGACUGUGGUCCCUGCUCGCUGUGGGAUGACUGUCAGAGACUCUUUGAAGAAAGCUCUGAUGAUGAGGGGGUUGAUCCCUGAGUGUUGCGCCGUCUACAGGAUACAAGAUGGAGAGAAGAAGCCCAUUGGCUGGGACACGGACAUUUCCUGGCUCACGGGGGAGGAGCUGCACGUGGAGGUGCUGGAGAACGUGCCUCUGACGACCCACAACUUUGUGAGGAAGACAUUCUUUACUCUGGCUUUCUGCGACUUCUGCCGGAAGCUUCUGUUCCAGGGCUUCCGCUGUCAGACCUGCGGCUACAAGUUCCACCAGCGCUGCAGCACCGAGGUGCCCCUCAUGUGUGUCAACUACGACCAGCUGGACUUGUUGCUGGUGUCCAAGUUCUUCGAGCACCACCCCAUCACCCAGGAGGAGGUGUCUUCAGAGGGCACCACCCCCGUGUCUGAGGCCUACCCCUCGCUGCCCCCCUCGGACUCCCCCGGGUCCCUGUGCCACGCCAGCGUGUCUCCGUCCAAGUCCAUCCCCAUCCCCCAGGGGUUCCGCCCCGGGGAGGAGGACCACCGCAACCAGUUUGGCCAGAGGGACCGCUCCAGCUCCGCCCCCAACGUCCAUAUCAACACCAUCGAGCCUGUCAACAUCGACGACUUGAUUCGAGACCAAGGUUUACAGAGGUCCGAAGGAGCCCCCCCGACACACCCCGCCCGCUGCUUCAGGAAGCACCGAACACGGACCUCAAGCCCCCUCCUAAACUCCUACCCCAAUGACAUAGUGUUUGAUUUUGAGCCCGAGCCCGUGUUCCGAGGGUCCACGGCGGGACUGUCGGCCACGCCCCCGGCCUCCUUGCCCGGCUCGCUGACCAAUGUGAAGGCCCCGCAGAAGUCUCCGUGCCCGCAGAGGGAGCGGAAGUCGUCAUCGUCGUCCGAGGACCGCAAUAAGAUGAAAACCCUGGGUAGACGGGACUCCAGCGACGACUGGGAGAUCUCGGAGGGCCAGAUCACCCUGGGUCAGAGGAUAGGCUCCGGCUCCUUUGGAACGGUCUUCAAGGGGAAGUGGCACGGUGAUGUGGCAGUGAAGAUGUUGAAUGUCACUGCCCCUACUCCGCAGCAACUUCAGGCCUUUAAGAACGAAGUGGGAGUCCUCAGGAAAACGCGUCACGUCAACAUCCUGUUGUUCAUGGGCUACACCACCAAGCCCCAGCUGGCCAUUGUGACCCAGUGGUGUGAAGGCUCCAGCCUGUACCACCACCUGCACAUCAUAGAGACCAAGUUUGAGAUGAUCAAGCUCAUCGACAUCGCCCGGCAGACCGCGCAGGGCAUGGAUUACCUGCACGCCAAGUCAAUCAUCCACAGAGACCUGAAGAGCAACAACAUCUUCCUGCACGAGGACCUGACGGUGAAGAUCGGUGACUUCGGCCUGGCCACGGUGAAGUCUCGCUGGAGCGGCUCCCACCAGUUCGAGCAGCUUUCCGGCUCAAUCUUGUGGAUGGCUCCAGAAGUGAUCCGCCUGCAGGACAAGAACCCCUACAGCUUCCAGUCAGACGUUUACGCCUUUGGCAUUGUGUUGUACGAGCUCAUGUCUGGUUAUCUGCCCUACUCCAACAUUAACAACCGAGACCAGAUCAUCUUCAUGGUUGGCCGAGGCUACCUGUCUCCGGACCUCAGCAAGGUGCGCAGCAACUGCCCCAAGGCCAUGAGGAGACUAAUGGCCGACUGCUUGAAGAAGAAGAGAGAGGAGCGGCCCCUCUUCCCACAGAUCCUGGCGUCCAUUGAGCUGCUGGCUCGCUCCUUACCCAAGAUCCACCGCAGCGCCUCGGAGCCCUCGCUGAACCGCGCCGGGUUCCAGACGGAGGACUUCAGCCUCUACGCCUGCGCCUCCCCCAAAACCCCCAUCCAGACUGGGGGCUACGGGGAGUUUUCAGCAUUUAAAUAAGUGCUGCUGAUUUUGACAGUCCAUCCCUCGUCACUUCUCAACAAGUAUUGUGUUCUAUGGUGGAUUCCUUCAUUACAAAAAAAACAAAAAAAAUGAUAUAUAUAAAUAUAUAUAUAUAGUCUCAAAGAAUGUGCUGUUUACUUCCCGUUUGAAACAUGAAGGGAACAGCCCUGGAGCAGCCCCCUUUGGCAGGUCUCCGUUGGGAAAUUGGCACAUUGACAAAAAAAAAAAAAAAACCCACAUCAAAUCCCCCAAAAACAUUGAAAAUGGGUUCUUAAGUGAGAUAGAACGACACGGGAUGAAGAGGAGGGAAAAAGGCGCGUCGGAUAAAAGCCACACCAAACACGCUUGAGGAACUCCAGGAGGGACGGGCGAUCUCCAUGGAGACCCCCCGGCAGCACGGAGGGGGGGGAGAUGAGGGUGAAGAAGGGGGAGGUCAGCAGAGGUCAAAGGUGUUGGCGACGCGUGCCUCGUCAUCUCCUGGCCAAUGGGAAAUGAUUGUAGGCAGGUGGGCCGGGCCACAGGAGGAGCACUCGGACCAAUGGCGACGCAGGGCUGGCGGACGGCGUGGCCGGCCUCCCUCCCUCCCUGCCCAUCGGUUGUAGAGAAGUGGAUGGAUCCGGUUUAAGCCAGUCAUUAAGAGGAGCUGGAGGCCACAGUGGACAAUGCUAACGGCAAUGACUUGAAGGAUAUUGAUACAAAUCUUUCUCUCUUCAUCAUUUGGAUCCCAGUGCAUGGGGAAUUGCCGGCGUUGAGCUUUUUUGGAGAGUUUCAUUCGAUAAAGGAGACGGGUUGCUCACCAUUUUUUAAGGAGAGUGGUUUUCUCCCUCUGAGCCACACACAGUGCUAAUUCACUUGCCUCAAGCAUUACAGGAUUGAAGUAUUACGACGUCCCCCACCAGUCCCUUCAAUGUCCCCCCCCCCCCCACCUCGACCCUUCCGGUGUCUUGCCUUCUGAAUUGCCUCAGCCGAAACCCUCACCUGUGUCCAGACAACCAUCCGAAAUUCCUUCCGACGCCUCGUCUCCAGGGAGAACACGACAACACGCCGUCUCCUUGACGAACGGGUACAUGGCGACGGACGGCGUGUGAUACCAAGAUGGCUGCCAGUGCCUCUCUUUGUCUCAGUCUCUCUCUCUCUCUCUCUCUCUCUCUCUCUCUCUCUCUCUCUCUCUUGUCUCUCUGGACUGAAGGGCAGUAUUCCCGGGACUUGAGCAGCGAUGGAGAAAGAAGAUGUCGUUGUCGUCCCCCCCUUCACUACCCCGUCCCCAGGCCUGCCUCAUUUGGGCACGGAAGCACACAUCUUUCCAUCGUUUUGGGGGGGAAAACUUUUUGCUAGUGUGUUUGUACUUGUAAGGAAAAGACACAGGGGGUGCCCCCCCCUCCUCCCCCCUAAAUCCAUUCAAGUCCCUGGCCAGAGUGAAGAGUCCACAUAGGGAAGUCUGUUUCACUCUCAGCUGCUACUUUCAAGGUUUACAUUGCACUGUGCCGUUAGUAGUUGGGCUGCUCUUUGCAACUUGUGGCUUCUCCCAGCUUUCCUGCACAUACAGAAGUUUUUUUAGGCAGUGGUGCCAUCAAUGUAACUUAAGCUCUAUUUUUUGUUUUUGUGUUGUCUUGGAUUAGUUUUUAUUCGUUUCCUUUUUUAGUUUUCUGCCACGAACCCCCAAACUCUGAUUCUCUUGAUAGCAAGUGCAUGUCGUCUCAUUGGUAGGUUCUUCCCUUCUUGUUGUGGCUUUAAUAUUGCACUCGGCUUCAGAAAAUACUAAAAGAAACGGCCAGGCCAGACCAACCUGCUGAAAAGACUUCUCGAAUCCUGUUUGGCUCAGGCUGGACGUCUUUUCCCCAUCCCUUCUGUCCUUUAUCUAAACAUGCACCUGUACUUUGUCAUUCCAGCGUGUGUCUCAAAGGUCAUAGUUAUUUUACGGUUUCUGUGUUUUUUAUUUUGUUGGCUGUCGUUUUCCUUUUUUUCUUUGGACAGGCAGGCCUGCGAAUUGACUUAUUUAUGUGAAUUGAAGAUUGUUUUUCUGUUCUUUUUGGUUUGUGGCAGGGGGGGGGGCAAAGCUUUUUAUUUCAAGCCAUUCUUUCUUUAACUGCUUGUGUGGUCAUUGCGACAUGUGUACUUGCACUUUGUAGAGAUGAGAUCGAAAGCAAAUGAGCGACUUGCCUUUUCUUUUUUCUCUUUUUUUUUAUUGACAAAUAAAUUGUCAUGACAGAAUGCUGAGUCAGUUACCCCAAAUUCAAUUUCCUCUCUGGGAGCUGAACUGAGCAAAGUGGGAAUUGGAAAGCCAAAGUAUGUGUAUUAAGGGCCAGUAAUGAGUGUUUGCUGGAAGACAGCAUACCACACUGUGCUGUCAAGCAGUUAAAACCAUAAAACAAGUUAUCUACAAUGACAGCCAGCUUUAACCACACUAAGAGGGAAAGAAAAGUUGAAUACAUCGGCAUUAUGCAUUACAUGGCUUUCAUGGAGUCUCGAGUGUUGCAGGAAACGCUGUCCGUUAUUUGACAAAUGCACGCUAUUGCAGAUGUUAGCGCUAGCUCUCUGCCUCGACACACUGGGGUUUGGCGUCGAAUCUGUCUUGGCCUACAUUUAUGUGGAAAAAUGUGUGUGAAAAACCUUAAAGGAACUCAGAAGGUCAAGUACGAACCUGGCAACACCCAUUCAAAAGGGCAAUGGAGAUACAUUCUUUAAAAUGGCACAGAAGAAGAUUUGAUUGUUGCCUUGAUAUAUAUAAAUAUAUACAUAUGUAAAUUUAUUUUUCAGAGGGACGUGUAAAUGCAUUUGUUUCUAUCUUUCCCUCUCGCUGGGCCAUCUUUUAGUUUACUGUUACAAAACCUAAGAUGUAAUACUGAAGAGCUGAGCGGUAGUUUAUUUUUAUUUUUAAGUGUUGUAUUUAUUUUAGAGAUGUUCUUAUUUUAUAUGAGAAUGCUGUUACAGAGGUGUCUCUUAUGAAUCAUAGCUCCGUUGAAGCUAAGGGACCCUGCAGGACCCAACAGAACCUGAAUUUCUUUGACUUCUCUCUCUUUUUCAUCACUCUCUUUGGCUCUUUCUGGCUUUUGUGUAUAACUUAAGUGUUUCACCUUUUCUAUUGUUUUGGAGAGUUCCUUUUUUUUCGUUGGACUUUUUCACAUUCCUCCUUAACUGCACCUUAGACACCCUACCUUCUCCCCCCCCCCCCCUCCACCCCCACUUCGACUGAGAACUAUCAUUCAAUCUUUUGGGAGAUUAUUUUCACCUGUAAAUAACUGUACAAAGGAAAUACUGUCUGUCUGCUAGAAGGCAUGGAGACUAAACAUGAAAUGAGCUAUAAAACGUUUAAAUGAAGAAAUCAAAGGUUAAAAAGACAUUUUGAUAGAUGACAUUCUGAGAAAAAUGUUUGUGUACAAAUAUUUAAGACUGUAUUAUAUGAAAAGGAGAAAGAGCUUAAUGUAUUUGUUGUGAAUAUGAAAAACGGAUAUAUUAAAGAAGUGCAUGAAAACUGUA